AUGGAGUUGCCCAAGAUCACGGGUUUCCUGUGGUUCUACCUCACUAUACUGUUGUCUUUUAGUCAAGUCUUGACAGCGCAAGGAGGAAAGAAAUGGCAGCUAAAAGCGGAGCCGGAAAUCCCAGAGGAUGGUCUUCAAAUCAAGCUUGACCGUGACCUGUACACACACCAAGGUUCAAUCGUCUACACCAGUCACCUCAAAUUUGAUGAGAAGCCAGAGAUUUCGGAUAGCCAGCUAUACGAUAUUGCUACGGAUGCUUUCAUCGAGAUGCAGAAAAGCGCUGAAGCCAAUGGCCUUGACAAAAAGGUUCCAAAUGUCAUGACGACCCUCCUUGUUGGCAACGAACUCAUCUUUGGGUCCUCAGCAAAAGGCCCAAACAAACCUUAUGAUCGAGAAUCCCAGGUCCAAGGCGACCUGAAGGUGUGCGAAGACGAGAAUGAAGGCAGGGCCCACAAGAAUGGAGGAAGGUGUGGUGAGGUAAUAGCCUUUCACACCUGGUACGAGUCCCAUGUCCGUUCUGAAAAGUUGCAACCUGGUGAAGGUACAAAGAUUGUCGCAAUUUCCUCCCAGAAGAAUGCCGAUGGCCAGGAGGAACCUGGUAUCCUGGCCCCCUGUGGCAACGGCGAACAAUGGGGCUGCGACAAGUUUGUAAACGGCAUCUACGUACUGAAUAAAGGCAGGGUUGACGCGGAUAAGGCCGCGAAUCCUGACAGGGAAUCAUUUGACUACAAGACCUUGAUCAAAAACAAGAAGCUCACGCCGGCGCCGACACGGCCGGACCUGCCACCUCCCAACCCUUUGCCCCCUCCUCCAAGGCCGAAUACCAACCCGGGUGGAAGCGACGGUGGACCGCCUUUCAACCCUUUGUCGCCUCCGGGUGGCAAGCCGAAGCCGAAGCCGAAGACCAACCCGGGUGGAAGCAACGGUGGACCGCCUUUCAACCCUUUGUCACCCCCGGGGGAUGGCAAUACGGAUACUAACCCUGGUGAAAGUACAGACAACCAAGGUGGCGGUAGCAAGCCUGUCAAGCCCAAGCCGACUCGCAAGCCCAAGCCACCAAAGAGGCCUUGA